GAUAAAGAAUUGUUGCAACUGUUCCUCUUGUGUUCUGUUGUUGGCAAGUGUAAUAAGACUCCAUUUGAAAUGAAAAACUAGUUCCACCUUCACAAAUAUUCUCAUCACCCACUUCAAUUGUGACUUUCACAUCUUUCCCUCUCUAUAACUUUCUUUUUAUUUCUUUAAUUUAUUUACAAACCCAUAAAUAUACAUAGACAUAUUGCUUAAUUAAUUCUUAGGGUCAGAGAGGAAUAUAACUAAUUAUUGGAGAUGGAAAAAUGGGUGCACAUGUCUUUGGUUAUGCUAUUGGUAAUAUCAAUGGAUUUUGGAGUUAAAGGUGAUGAUGCAGAAGAGGUUACAUAUGAUGGAAGGUCUCUUAUCAUUAAUGGCCAAAGAAAUAUUCUCUUUUCUGGUUCUAUUCAUUACCCCCGCAGCACCCCUCAGAUGUGGCCAGAUUUGAUAGCGAAAGCAAAACAAGGAGGAUUGGAUGUUAUACAAACUUAUGUCUUUUGGAAUUUACAUGAACCCCAACAAGGCAAGUAUGAUUUCAGUGGUAGAUACGACUUAGUGAGAUUCAUAAAGGAAAUCCAAGCUCAAGGACUCUAUGUUUGCCUAAGGAUUGGACCUUUCAUCGAAAGUGAAUGGACUUACGGGGGAUUCCCAUUUUGGCUACAUGAUGUCCCUGGCAUUGUCUACCGAACUGACAAUGAACCAUUCAAGUUCUACAUGCAAAAUUUUACGACAAAAGUUGUUAACAUGAUGAAAGAAGAGGGUUUAUAUGCUUCACAAGGAGGCCCAAUUAUAUUAUCACAGAUUGAGAAUGAAUAUCAAAACGUCCAGAGGGCAUUUGGCACAGCAGGAUCCCAAUAUGUUGAAUGGGCUGCAAAAAUGGCAGUGGGCCUUAACACUGGUGUACCCUGGGUUAUGUGCAAGCAAACUGAUGCUCCUGAUCCUGUGAUAAAUACAUGCAACGGUAUGAGAUGUGGAGAAACUUUUACUGGACCAAACUCCCCUAAUAAGCCUGCCAUGUGGACAGAAAAUUGGACAUCUUUCUAUCAAGUAUAUGGUGGGUUACCAUAUAUACGGUCUGCUGAAGACAUAGCAUUUCAUGUCACACUUUUUAUUGCAAAAAAUUAUGGAAGCUUUGUCAAUUACUAUAUGUAUCAUGGUGGAACAAACUUUGGUAGAACAGGCUCUGCUUAUACUAUAACAGCUUAUUAUGAUCAAGCACCACUUGAUGAAUAUGGUUUGUUCAGACAACCUAAGUGGGGACAUCUCAAGGAAUUGCAUGCUACAAUCAAGUCUUGUUCCACCACUUUAUUACAAGGAGUACAAAGGAACAUUUCUUUAGGUCAACUUCAGGAGGGUUAUGUUUUCGAAGAAGAAAAUGGAGAAUGUGUUGCAUUCCUUAUAAAUAAUGAUCAAAGGAGCAAUGUUACUGUCCAAUUCCAAAAUAGCUCAUAUGAAUUGCUUCCCAAGUCAAUAAGCAUAUUACCAGAUUGUCAAAAUGUUGCUUUCAAUACUGCACAUUUAAAUACAACUAGCAACAGAAGGAUAAUAACUUCAAGACAAAACUUCAGUUCAGUUGAUGAUUGGAAACAGUUUCAAGAUAUCAUUCCAAAUUUUGAUGACACUUCACUAAGAUCAAAUUCAUUACUUGAACAAAUGAAUACAACUAAAGACAUUUCUGAUUACCUUUGGUAUACUCUUAGAUUUGAAAAUAAUUUAUCUUGCAAUGAUCCAGUACUUCGCGUUCAAUCUGCCGCUCAUGUUGCACAUGCUUUUGUGAACAACACAUACAUUGGAGGGUUACAUGGAAAUCAUGAUGUGAAGUCAUUUACAUUAGAGCUCCCAACUACAUUAACAAAUGGAACAAACAACAUUUCUAUUCUCAGCGUUAUGGUCGGACUUCCGGAUUCAGGGGCAUUUCUUGAAAGAAGAUUUGCUGGUUUAAAUAAUGUGGAACUUCAGUGCAGUGAAGAAGAGACUCUUAAUUUGAACAAUUCUACAUGGGGAUAUCAGGUUGGAUUACUUGGAGAACAAUUAGAAGUAUAUAAAGAUCAAAAUAGUAGUGACAUUAAAUGGACUCAACUUGGGGAUAUCUUGAUUGAUGAAACUACUCUCACUUGGUACAAGGCUACAUUUGGCACACCUGAGGGAGAGGACCCUGUUGCAUUGGACCUUAGCUCAAUGGGGAAAGGUGAGGCAUGGGUAAAUGGACAAAGCAUUGGUCGAUAUUGGAUUUUGUUUCAUAACUCCAAAGGCAUUCCUUCACAAUCAUUGUAUCAUGUUCCUCGUUCUUUCCUUAAAGACAGUGAAAACAUUUUGGUUUUGUUGGAGGAAGGUGGUGGGAACCCUCUUGGUAUCUCCUUGAAUACUGUCUCAGUCACAGAUUUGCAAGAUAACUUUUCUAAAUUGCCAUUCCCCACCUUUGUCUAGUAUCACAUAUAUUCUUUUAGUAAAAAAUAAAAUAAAAUCACAUAUACUAAAUCAUACACAGAACAGAAAAAAAAAAAGAUUAUUGAAACCUAUGCAGAUCCGGAUUGAUUGAUUCUUUGUAAUCCAAAUACUGUUUGGAUCUACUUACCUGACAAGAUAUUGUUAUUUAUUGGGAGAAAGAAUCUCAUUUGACCUCUCUUGAUCACUUCUGAUUAUUGGAAUUGGGAAUUAAUUGGAUGUAAUAGUAGUAAUUUGGACAUUAAUUUUUUAUGCAUGAAAUGUGUAGAACAUUUUAUAUAUA